CUUUGCACCCAUCUCCAAUGACUACUCCUUCAAAAUCCUAUACCCCAGACCACCAUCUCGGCACCACGAACUUCAAUCGGCCAUGAAUCCGCAUUCCGUGUGUCCUUCAUCCACUCCUAGACUGACGCCGGUACACUCCCGUCCGCGCACACCUGACUACGACAACAGUGAAAACCACACCCGCAACGACCGCCGUGACAGCUUGUCUCCGGCCCCUUUCGGGCCCAUGCCGAAAUCCACCCAUGUUUGCAUGCACGCACGAUAGCGAUGACGAAGAAAGCACCGGCCAGAAGCAGCCGGUCGUGUGCCACGAUGGUCUGCCAAAUCGAUACCACUGAAUUGGACACCCC